AUGUGCUUGCGCAAACUAUACACCAGCCAACACCUAAUGGGGUCCAACUUCGGGCCUUUCAUGUUUGCAAGACGCGGGACUCUGUGCACGUCUAUAUACGGACAUGCUGCAUGGCAUGAGAGCACACAACACGAUCGGAUCUGGCGCACCGAUGAUCUGUUUCAAGUUUUUUGCGUCCGUCCCGUCGGAGUAACCGACCAUGAGACGACAGUGGGCGAAGCUCUCUACCCCGGGCAAACACCAACGCUGGGUUCACAGAGUCCCGACACAGCCGCAGGGCGAUUUCGGACGCGUGUCACACCGCCUGCCGAGCUCAUCUCCUUUUCCAUGGGCUCCGAGAGGGCGCGUGACGCCUCCGACGCCCGCCGCCGCCGCCGCCGCCGCCGCCGCGCGAGGUCAUGUGAACAGUGUUUAAGAUGGGCGGCGAGGAAUCCGGCAGUGGGCUUGCCGGCGUUUGGUGUGAGAUGCGCCACGCAACGGCUGAUGCAGCCGAGAUGCGCCAACAAGGGGACAUGCAUUAAUAACCUGGCAGAAAGAGCCAUCAUGAGAGGAGCCAUGCCCGGCGUUGUAAGAAGCUGCUGUUGUAUGGGCGAGUGCAGGGUAGGUCGGACUCGCACCUGCGCUAUGUGA